AUGAUAGGCUCUAUUAAGGUGAAUGGAAGAGUAUUAGAGGAGCCCGGAGAAAUAAAGGAAGCAGCGUUUAUCAGACGUUUGACAUCGGAUGUAGCAGUUCAACUUGAAAAACAGUUUGAGGAGGGGGAGAUUGUGGUUGCAUUGAAAGAUUGUAAUAGCCUCAAGGCCCCUGGACCGGAUAGUUUUAACUUUUCCUUUAUCAAGAAAGGGUGGGUUUUUCUGAAAGAUCCAGUGCUGAAAUUUUUUGCUGAAUUCCAUGAGAGUGGAAGUCUCACCAAAGGGGGAAAACAGAUUCUUGAUGGUGUCCUCAUUGCAAAUGAGGCCAUUCAUAGUUGGAAGCAUAGUUCCCGUGGAGGUUUGAUUCUCAAACUAGAUUUUGAGAGAGCUUAUAACUGUGUGAACUUGGGUUUCUUGUUAGAUAUGUUGGGAAAGAUGGGCUGUGGUGGGAAGUGGUAUGAGUGGAUAAAAGAAUGCAUUUCCUCCGUCUCGAUGUCUAUUUUGAUUAAUGGUUCGGCGACAAAGGAAUUUCAAACUCAAAAAGGAAUUAGACAAGGAGAUCCCUUAUCCCUUUUUUUGUUCAAUAUCGUAGCGGAGGCUCUUAACAUUAUGCUUGAGAGGGCUAGGGCCAGGGGAAUCAUCAAUGGAGAAAUGAAAAAUAUCAAAAGGCUAUUAAGAUGUUUCCAGCUAAUGUCUGGCCUGAAGAUAAAUUUCUCCAAAAGCUCUCUUUGUGGUGUUAAGGUCCAACAACAAGAUGUGGCUGCCCUUGCUCAUUGGGAGUGCAUUACCAAGAGUAAAACAAAUGGGGGUUUAGGGGUUAAGAAAUUGUUGCAACAAAACAUGGCACUUUUAGCUAAGUGGUGGUGGAGGUUUAGUAAAGACAAGGAGUCACUUUGGGUAAGAGUUACUAGAGCAAAGUAUAACUUAGAUCAGCACUAUUGGCUGCCAUACAUUCCGAGUUCUGGCUCAGUCUCGAAUGUGUGGAGGGAUAUUUGCUCUGUUGGGGAUAGUGAUUCUUGCCUUGGAAGGGUUGUUCAGGAGGUAUUCCGUGUGCAGGUGAACUUUGGGAGUGAAACCUCAUUUUGGAACCAUGUCUGGUUGGGGAAUAAAUGUCUCAAAGACGAAUAUCCACGGUUAUUUUCAGCGUCGGAUCAGCAGGGGGAGAUGUUCAGAAGAAGGUUGUUCGACUGGGAGAAUCUACACAAGGAGGAGCUCGAGCUAAGAUUACAGAACGUGACUCUGAAUCCAUCCAAACCUGAUUGCUUGCGGUGGAAUUGGUCUGCAGAUGGAUGCUAUACAGUGAACUCGGCUUAUAAAUGUGGGGAUGUUUUCAAUCAGUUAAGGAACUCUGUGUUGGGUUCCUUGUGGAAAAAUUUAAGUCCUCCAAAGGUGGAAAUUUUUACAUGGAUGGUUAUUCAGGAGCGAGUGGCAACAAGGUCGGUUCUUCAAAGCCGAAACAUUAUUGCGGAACCCCAAGAACUGUCUUGCAUAGUGGAUUGGUGGCAUGUUAAAUGGGUGUGCCCUUCAUCGGUAGGGGCUCUAAUAGCAUGGUGGUUUGGGAAUAGAUUUUCGAAUUUAGAGAAAGAAAUUUGGGAAGCUUGUCUUUAUGCAACUCUGUGGUUGUUGUGGCUGAUGCGGAACGAUUGUGUGUUCAACAAUGCUUCUAUGUUAGUUUGGGAUGUGGCGGACUUAAUCAAAACAAGGGUGGCCAUGUGGAUGAGGACAAAGCACGACAUCAAGUUAUAUUCGGUGGACAACUUUAAGGGGUAUUUGGACGGGAUUCAUAAUCUGAAAUUGUAA